AUGAGAGUGACACGCUCCGCGCGUGCGGUUCACGCGUUUGUGCGGAUGCCGCAUCAUCGAAGUGUGCCGCCAACGGGUCCGAGCGGCAUCAUUGUAAACCGUGAUGUGCUGCUCCGCCAGUUUCGUGACUUCUACAGAACUCUUCAGCACUGUACAUUGGUAGAUAAGGUGCACCUCAUGGCUGAGCGCCCAGGCGUGGAGUCGCUGCGGGUGGCCGAUCAGAUGGCCUCCCUUGGGCCCGUUCUUUUGGGCAUGCCGCUCACUGGUAUGGAACACCGCUCGUCGGAGUUCCUCGAAACGAUGCGCUACGUUCGCGGGGCCGGCGGGCCAACGACGGUCUCGGCGUACCUGCAAGACAACGACGCGUGUCGAUGCCACAGUGGCGAUAUCGUGUGCCUGCCACAAGGAGUAGCGGUGGGUCACGGGCCGCGCACGAACGCGGCAGCGCAUCAGGUGCUGCGGGAAUUGUUUGGCAGUGGGGACGCUCCCGACGGAGGCACCCACGGCGGCGACGGCCCGGCUGUCACGAGCCCAGGCCGCAGCACCAAGUUCGAGGUGGUGACGCUAGAGCAAGAGAGUGACGCGCCGCCUCUUGGGGAUUAUUUCGGGUUUGCCGGCAAUGACAUACUACUGGUGUGGAAGGAUGAGCACGGUUUGUUAGCGGUGGAUCAGCUGCAACAACAGCUCGCGAAGUCGGAGCUGCAGCUUCAAGUGCUGUACCUCGAGCCUGGGUGUCACUUCCUCACCUUCUAUGGCAUCGACUACACCCCUGACGUGCUCGUGCAGAAGGGUUUUGAGCGCUCCAUGGACACCCUCGCUGCGGCUGGCUUGAACCCUAUCUCUGUGCAGUGGUCGGAGAUGGACAAACUCGGCAUCUCGAUGCGGUCGACUGUGCUGCCGCUUAAGUUUCUUCAGAGUCCGUCAUCGACAGGUGGCCUCCUGCAGCGCAGUCGUAAUCGUGUCAACCGAUGGGCAGCCAGUCAGAUUACGCAGUAA